GUGGUGGUCAUAUUUAGUCCCCACAUGCCUUCUCAAACCGCCAACAUAAACAAAUAAAAUCUUGUGAAAGGAAGUGACAAAAUCACAGCAGCCAUGAAGUUUCCUGCCUUUUUUGGGAGUUGCUCGGGCUGUCUGCAGUCUGUUGCAUCCGAGAUAAGAAACCAGCUCUCUUGGAUCGGGACCAACACUCCUCGUUCAGUACCGAAUAUCUCCAGUUGCUGUUGCCAUCAGUGAGUCAAAGCAACGAGGGAGCGCCUGGAGGGUAGACCUGAGACUAACAACUCUAUCAAGAUGAAAGUGUGCGGGGUGCCCUUGUUUGUCUGCACUAUCAUUUUGUCUUCAGUUGACUCAGAGAUCAUUAUUGUCUCCGAUGGGUGGCAAGAGGUUGACGCAGCUGUCGGAUCCCAGAUUUUGCUCAGUUUAGCAACAUCUUCAGAGCUGAGGAGUGGUAGCUGGAGGUUUAACUGCUCUGACGUGGCUCUCUGGAUCAGUAACGUCACGGAUAUCAGCAAUGGCUAUUCGGGCCGGGCGGAGUUAUCUACAAAUGGAUCCCUCACGUUGAAAUCACUAACGAUCAACGACAGUGGAGAUUAUGUUGUUACCAUGAACCCACCCUUCUCAAACGUCUCAGUAAUGUCAAGGAUCGCGCUAAACGUGAUUGAACCUGUUUCCAAGCCCGAUAUCAGUCUGAGCAGUUCAGAGGUGGUGGAGAAUAAUGGAACUGUCACCUUGCACUGCAACCUGACUGGUCAUUCCCCGUCCAUUCAGUGGAUCAAGGAUGGUCAAUACCUGCAGUAUAAUGACAGGAUGAAUAUGUCAUCAGACAAUCACACAUUAAUACUAACAGCAGUGAAUCGGUCUGAUACAGGAGAUUAUCAGUGUGAAGGUUACAACACUGUCAGUCGCAACAUAAGUGAUGUCCUGUCUCUUAUCGUCUAUUUUGGUCCUGAAGACCUUCGAAUUUCCAUUGAUCCUGACAAGGAAGAUAUCACUGUGGGGUCAAAUGUCACGUUCAACUGUUCUGCACAGUCAGUUCCAGCUCCCGAAUUUGAGUGGUUUUUCCAAGGGCAUCCUCUGAAUCGAACAGGACAGAUGAUGACCAUUGCUCGCUACGGCCCGAGUCACAACGGCGUUUACAUGUGCCAAGUCUACAACAAUAUGACUGGAAAAUACGCCAAUGCAACCACAGAGGUCCAUGUUGUAGAGCCGGUCUCGAAGCCAAACAUUACUGCAGAUGUUUCAGACCCUGUUGAACACAACGACACGGUGUCCUUGACUUGUCACGUGACUGGUGAUCUGCGAUAUCUGAACUGGAUGAAGGCGAACCAGUUUAUUCAGAACAACGAGAGGGUGAAGUUAUCAGAGGAUAAUGUCACACUGUCAAUAUUAUUGGUGAACAGAUCUGAUUCAGGCAAUUACACGUGCCAGGCAUGGGGCUACAGAAAUAACGAAACCAGCAAUCCAUUUGAACUGAACGUUUACUACGGACCGGAUACACCUCAGCUGACUAUUGAAGACGAGAAGGAAGUGUAUGCACCUGAAUCCGAUAUCGUUCUCCGGUGUACUGCUGACUCUGUUCCUCCUGCAACGUUCGAAUGGCUAUUGAACGGCAUCUCUCUUCAGCAGACAAGUGAAACACUAACCCUUUCCAAAAUUAACAUAAGUGACUUUGGGAAUUACACCUGUAAGGCUUAUAACAACCGCACCAUGUUAUAUGCAGAAACAACAAAGAAAAUAACAGCAAUUGAAGACAUUUCAAAACCAGAGAUUACAGCCAAUGCUUCGCCACUGGUGGAGCACAAUGGCACAGCAGUCCUGACGUGUGGUGUAUCUGGCAGUUGGCACUCCCUGAAGUGGAGCAGGGACCAGAAUGCACUGCUGCCCAGUGAAAAUGUGGAACUUUCGGACAGGAACAAGACAUUAACCAUCAAAGCCGUGAACAGAUCCGACGCAGGGAAUUACACUUGCACAGUGGAGAGUCUGAUCAGUAGCAAGGAGAGUGACCCAUUCCCACUGGUCAUUUACUAUGGACCAGAUGAAGCCCAGAUUGUAAUAACAUCCAAAGAGCAAAAAGUCUCUUAUGGAGCCAACGUUACUCUGGAGUGCAAAGUCGAAUCGUUUCCGCCCUCGAAAUACAAAUGGUUCUUGAAUGGAGAAGAGCUCCCGCAAAAUGAAAAGGUAUUGGUCGUCAGCAACAUUACCCAGGGCAACUCUGGAAAUUACACUUGUCAGGGCUACAAUGUCCAAACCAAAAUGGAGAAAAAGAAUACCAUACAUCUUUCUCCAUUGGAAUCAAAUGAUCUCGAAGACUAUAAGAACAAGUCUUGGAUUGCUGCGGCCGUGGUUGGCAUCCUGGCCCUGAUUGCGAUCUGUGCCUGCAUCAUCUUCAAACAACGAGGCAGCUAAGGUGUGAGAGACUCUGACAGAGCUCGCAACCUUCACGAAGGAACAAACAUGCUGAAAAUUUCUCUCUCUGGGAUGUCAAUCACCUGCUGAGACCCCGGGGUUACCGAACAUCGCCUCCGUCUUGGUGGAUGGAUCUCGCUGGAGGGACCGGGGCAACGUGGAGAAGACCCUUUCGCUUUGCUUGCUCGGCAACUGGACGUUUCUCCUCAAAGGGACAGGUUGCUGCUAUGACAGGCUUGCAGUUGAGUUUUGUCAGAGCGUUAACCUAAUUUAUACCAGUUACCAACCUUUAACGUCUGCCUUUCUGCUUCACCACAAAAGAAAAUAUUAACCCGAGAAAUAACAAAGGGAUACACUGCCUAACUGCGAAGAUUUACGGGUAUUCUCCAAGUUGGCACUAAUGAAAUGGUUUCUCACUGAUGGGUGUCCAUGGGUGUGUUCACUUCAGUAUGACUCUUCCCCUGUGUUUUUCUCUGUUGAUGUAAUAAAUUGGUUGGUUUGUAA